AUGGUCGUUCAUAGUGUUUUUUCUUCAUUGCGCCGGUUGUACAAAUAUUAUACAAAUUGGUGUUUUGUUCGAAUUUGUAUAUACUUUAAACAGUCACUAUUUGAAGUAAAUAGAGAAUUGCUAAUUUAAUUUGUAAUUAAUAGAAAUCUAAUUUGAAUGUAUAUAACCCAAAAAGUGUACAAUGGAAACUAAUAUUCAGAAAUAUUGUCCAAAUUGCAGUCAACUAUACACUUUAGUUCUGAAUGCACCAAAACUAAACAACAUACCAUUGUUCCUCUCAUGUGGUCAUACUAUGUGUGAAAAAUGUAUCAGCAACAUUGUUAAAUUUACUGAGCCUAUAGAAUGCCGAGUAUGCCACCGAGAUAUGGCUAUUGAUAGCAAUGACUUGGUUUUAUUGAUGCAAAACAAAAUACAGUUGUAUCAAUUAUUCCCCAUCAAUGUUCACAUGCUUGGUGAAAUUUACUCACAACUGCUGAAUGAAAACUUGGUACUAAAGAAGAAAACUGGAAAAGCUGCAAACCAUUUCCUUGAUAUAAAAACAAUAAUACAUAAUAUUGAUAAUACUCAAGGAGAAUGCUUAGAAUGCCAUAUCUCCACUUCAAAAAUGUGCCAACAGUGUGGUAUUAUUCUAUGUGAUCCAUGCUUCAAUAAAACACACAAGAAUUUUGUUAUUUUCAAAAACCACUCGCUUAAAAAUAUAGAACCUUUAAAUAAUUCAAACAAUUGCACAACACACAAAGACAAAAGCUUAGAUUAUUAUUGCAAGGAUUGUUUAAAGUCCAUUUGCAUGGACUGUAUGAUGGUUGGUGGAGUAAAUUCUUGUAAGAAUCAUGACACUGUCUCCAUACAAGAAAUAAAUGAAACCUUAAUUGAAGACGUUAACAAUAUUUAUCCAAAAGUUGAUGAAAUAUUUAGAAGACUGACUAAAACUGCAUCUGAUAUAGGUCAUUUGCUGUAUAAUAUUGAAAAUGGCAUGGAUUCAUCAUGCGAGUCCACACAAAUGAUUGCUAACAUCGAACAACAUUUCUCUAAACUUAUUUCUCAAAUUCAAUUACAUAAAAAUAAACUUAUAGGUGUUGUCACAAAGUAUAAAUAUACAGAAAAAGACUCGCUUCUGAAGGCGAAAGAUGAUAUAUGUGAAUCAAUAAAGAAAACAAAGGCUGUUAUGAAUAUAAUAAAUUUAACUACAAAUCCUACAAUGCUCAAAAAGACUAACCUCUCAGUACUGCUUCAAACCGCCCAGGAAAUUGUCGAAACUCCUUGGUAUUUAAAAAAAGAAGAGUCAAGUGAUGAAGCAAUGAAAGUGGUUGUGAAGGAAGACAUUGUUGAUUUAAUUGGUGAUUAUGUACGUUUAGAAGGUAAUACCAGUGAAGUGUAUAGCCUAUGUGCAACAUCAGAACUUGGUGAUAUUGAAAUACCACCUCCGCCUCCCACACCUGUGUAUCCUCCGGAAUUGCCUAAAGAUGUAAGGGAAUCAAAUAAAGUAAAAGAAGACAAGCCUAACCAGAAGGCGCAGCCCACGUUUUAUAAAUCUGCUCCCAAUUAUCGUACUAAAUUUGGUUCAACCUCCUCACUCCACUCAUUUAGCAGUGAGUCUUCAAGUCGAUCAAUAACGCAAAAUGAUUUCAUGCAAAAGCCAGUUGUGCAACAUGUUCAGCCAUUUGCUGAAAGUCAACACCCGAAACAACUUCAAGAAGGUAUGCAAGAAUUAAUAUACAUAUCGCAUAUUGUGGAUCCGCAUAAUUUCUUUGUACAAAGAUCUUGUCAUCAACCACUUGUGAAGGAAAUGAUGCGAGACUUCCGUAACGCCGUGUCUUUGCCAAAACCGUCUAUAAACCACGUUGCAGAAGGAAAACUGUACCUUGUGUUCAACAAACCCGAUAACUUAUGGCAGAGGUGCCGCAUUAUAAGCAUUGACAAGAGAGAUAUAAACAAACCUAUAUUCCAAGUAUUCUGUAUCGACUUUGGUAGCACGGAAUCUGUUACAAUUGACAAAUUACGCCUUCUACCACCAGCAAGGCUACAGUCACCAUUCCCUCUGGCCAUAAAUUGUUCCCUCGCAAACUGUGUGCCCAAAUCUGGAGGUUGGACCAGUGAAGACUCUUUUCUGAUCCAAAACAUUAUUGACAACAAACAAGCCGUGAUCCACGUGCGUCGCAUGUGCUCCACAUCCAACUACUCGGUGAAACUAGAUUGUGAUGUGACUACUUUCGAAGAUGGCGUCAAUGUCGCACACGCAUUAGUGUAUCAUGAGCGCGCCAAAAUGCUUGACCCAAAAUUACAUUACCCAAAUAUUCCUGGUGUAAUAGAGAGACCAAAAAUAUUCCUUAGUAACAAUGACUUAAAACCGAAAUCAGUGGAAGAAGUUUAUUUAACUACAGUUGUUAGUCCUGAUAAAUUCUUUGUAAGAAAGCGUCAUUUACAAGAUGUUUAUGAUAAACUCAGUGAGGAUUUACUGCAAGAAUAUAGUUUCAUUGAUAACACUGGAACUGUUUACCUGCCUGAGAUUGGCAUGGUAUAUGCAGUGAACCUAAACAAGUCCCAGAAUAUAACACAGGACGGUGGCGGCUGGGCUCGAUGUAUAGUGCACGAGUUACACGGACGUGGUCGCGUACGCGCACUACUCCCUGAUUCCGGCCAGCUUCUGGUAGUGCACUGGACAGCGCUCAGGAAGUUACAUCCCAAGUUCACCACGCUCAAGGCACUUUCGAUUGAAUGCCACUUAGCUGGCGUGACGCCUCAUAAUAAGAAAUGGAGUACCGGUUCUGUGGCUUUGCUCCAAAAGUUUGAAGAACGUAUUUUAGAACUACACGUUGAAGACAGUCGCAAUCGUGGUUCAAUUGGUGUCACCCUUUAUGAUAAAGCAGAUGAAGAAAACAUUAUCUGCAUCAAUACAGAAAUGAUAAAACAUAAAUUUGCAGUUACUUUUGGAUUGUUUAUGUUCAACAAAACCAAUACUGUAGAAGAUCAAGUGUUUACUAAUAAAUCGCCCUUAGAAGAACCUAAAAAGAUAAAAAAAACUGCUAAGAUUGUUAUACUGAAGAAACAACAUUCACCAAAACAGAAAAUCAGAGAUGAAGAUUUAGAAGCAAAAGAUAAGGGGCCACUGAGACUGGAAGCUAAGGUUUUACACUAUACGUCUCCAUCGCUCUUGUAUGUUUCUUUAGUUCACCAGCAAAAAGUUUUCAACGAAUUGUUCGAAAAAAUACAAAAACAUUAUACAAAUAAGAAAAUUCAGGGUAAGGUAGAGUGGAAAGUCGGCGACCGAUGCUGUACAAUUUGCAUUCAGUCACAAACGUGGCGUCGCGCAGCUAUCAUAGAAAUAGAAGACAACAAUGCUAAAAUUUUCUAUUCCGACUUUGCAUGUGUGGAAACAGUCCCAAUCGACAACUUACAAGAGUUGACUUCUGAGUUUGCAUCUAUAGGUGAUGCGGCUAUAAAAUGUCAUUUAUGUGGAGUAAUCCCUGCCGUUGGAGAGGAGUGGCCAUCUCUCACAAAGGAAUAUUUAAAAGAACUACUUGAUGCGUACAAAAGAGUAUUCAUCACUAAACUGGGUAAUUUCAAAGACAAAAGUAUGCCCAUAGAGAUUUGGGUGUAUCACACUAUACAAGGAGGUGCUCUAGAGCCAAAUAAGUCAGAAUGGCGUUGCCUCAACAUGAAAAUUAUUGAUCAGGGUCUAGGUAUUCCAGAUAAAUUGUUAGAGUCAUCUACGCCCGACAGCAAUAAAGAAUCAACUGAUGACAUGUUGUCAUUCCUAAAUAUAACAGGAUCCGUUCGUGAAUGGUUACAACUAGAGCCGUUGCCAUCAAAGCCAUUGAUAAGUAAACGUGAAUCUGAAAGUUGUCCCUCAAGCCCUGUUGAUUGUGAAGAAUCUGAACAGGCGGAACUAGGUGUUUCAAAUACCAUGUUUAUAUCAGAUUGGCUUCCACCAGAACCACUACAAAACAAAGAAUUUACAGGGGUACCUACAUACAUUGAUAAUGAUGGUGUUAUUUAUUUACAUGAUGUAUCACAACAAGAUACAUUAGAUUUAAUUCGUAAAGCUCUCGACAUCCGUUUCAAAAAUCCGGAUCCUAAAGCUAAAUACGCCAAGUGGACUGUUGGUGAGCCAUGUAUCGCACUUUUCUUUUUAGAUAAUCGCUUCUAUAGAGGAAGAGUGUUGGAAGUGAACAAUGAAACUUCCACCUGUCUAAUUCACUACAUCGAUUACGGAAAUGAAGAACAAUGUUCUUUUUCGAAUCUAAGAAAAAGUAUAGCACUUUAUCAAAUACCCACACAGGCUCACAAAUGUGUUUUGAACCGUAUACGACCUGCAGGAUCUCAAUGGGAUCGUCAAACAUUAGAUUAUAUACACAAAUCUGUUGUUGAAAAAAAUUGCUUGGUUAAAAUAACUGGCGAACAAAUUGAUGAUGUGAUACCCAUAGAUUUGAAAUAUGACAAAUUGUGGUUCAAUGAUCAUUUAGUAGACUUUGAAAUGGCGAAGUAUACUGAUGGUUCCAAAGCUAUCGUUCCUAAGUUUGUUGUGACAAAUAUUAAAAAUAAAAAGGACACUGUUAUUUGUGAGUCAGAUUCGGGCCCAGACUAUAUAGUAGAAGAUGAACACACUCCUUUAGAAUCGUCGCAAAACUCAUCUUUAAGUGGUAAAGACUGGAAUAAACUUAUGGAUGAAGAAGAAGAGAAACAAUGUCUAGAUGGAAAUUUUGUUCUUUACCCAAAAAAUACAGAUGAUGAAUUUUUGUGUAACAUUUCCAUAAUUAGUGAUAUAAAUGUAUUGGAGUUGAGUAUUAUACAUAAUGAUGAAAGAAAUAUAUUAUAUGAAGAUUUAUAUGCAAAUAUUCAAAAGAUAGGUUACAAUCUGUCUCCACUAAAUGGUAUAUUUGAAAAUAAAGCAUGUAUUGCUCUAUUUCCGGAAGACGGUCUGUGGUACAGAGCUUCCAUUUUAGAAUAUAGUGAAGCAAAAAAUCGAAUCAAAGUAAAAUAUGUGGAUUAUGGCAAUGUAGAAGUAAUUUCUCUGUCCGAUGUUAGAGAGAUACCAAAUGAAUUGGCAGAUCUUCCUCCAUCUACAGUGUCAGUACAAUUACAUGGAAUUAAAAUAAACCCACUCGUAGAUAUGGAUGUUAUUAUUCAAGAAUACAGCAAUACAUUUUUAGGCAAAGGACCAUUUAAUGCAAAAGUGAUAACAUACAAUGACAAACUACCUAUUGUAGAAUUAAGAGAUGACAAUGGCGUAUUAGUAUGUGAAAAACUCGUUGAUAAUGGGGUACUUUUGAAAAUAUAAAUUAUAUUAAUCAUUCAAUGUUGAUUAAGUACUUGUUUGUUUCUCUUAAUGAUAUAAUUUAAUACAAACAUGUUAUUUUAGUUUUUCUAUAGUUUAUUAAUAUUAUAUGCAACAACAUGACACUUAGUAAAACGUAUGACUGUAUUUAGUAUACCUGAUUAAAAAUAUUUUUCUAUCUUA